CGGUGUCGAGCAGUUCAGCCGCGUGUGCAGUUCAAGUCAGUUGCAUAAGUAUUUUGCCUCGGUCUCCAUUCCAUUUUGCUUUUUGUUGUCAUGCACUGUGAGUUUGUGAGGUAAAAUCAGGUUUUGUUGUCAUCGUUACAAGAGAAUUUGGCAUUUUAGUGGUCAUUAUCGAUGGAUUGUCCGAUUUGUUGCUCCUAUCGCACUUUAAAAAAUCGUUACGCCUCUCCAGUUAUUUAUUAACUGCAAAAAAUCAUCAUUCUUCGAUUUUUAUCCAACGACUUCCUUCAUCCUCGGACUUGCGUCAGUCUUUGUCUCAGUCUGUAGUAAGAAAAUUGCAAACAGCCGAAUGAUUUCGACACAGAAAAACGAGCAAUCUCCCGGGAGAGGCUUUUAUCCGGGAAAGAAAAAUGAAAAAUUAUAUAAUUUCGCUUGAAAAGGGAACGCCGAGACAUUGAGGGGUUUUCAAUCUGUCAGAGGAAUGAGGACUAAAUGUGAGAAUUGCAUGACAGGAUUGAUACUUAAAUACUUGUCGAUUGCUGGGUUGUGGGGAAAUAUUUUUCAAUCAGUCUAUGGAUACGACAAAGUACUGUUGAGUGGUGCAUGAGAAUUCGAUUGAAUCACGUAACUGAAUCUUUCGAGAAGUCCGAGGAAUUCGCGGGGAUAAAAUCCAACGGAUUAAAUUCACUGGAGACAGAAUGUCUGACAUGAAUGCGGAUAUUUUGACGAUAAAGAAUGGAGAUAACUUGGAGAUUAAUCAGUUAUACAAUAAAAAAGAUGGAUCGAUUAAUCUGGAGAAAUCGAUGAGAGAAGUGAAAAAAAUAGAGGACACGGGUGAUAUUGAGAGAAUGUACGAGUCAAUGCUGCUGCAGGAUAAUUCCACGAAAACGGAGAUAUUCGAGGAUGCCCUGAACGAUCCAGUGGACUUGAAGACGGAUGAGAAAUCCGACGAGGAGGAACUCGACCUGGACCUGGAGGAACCACCACCCCCGGAGGUGAUGGAGUAUGCGAGACGAGAACUCGGUGAAACCGACGAGGUCAAGUGUCAGACACUCGAAGAGCUCCGGGACAUGAUUUACGAGAGGGGUGAGUGCAGCCCUCACAGGAUGGACGACGCCUUUCUCAUCAGAUUUCUGAGGGCGCGCAAUUUCAAUAUUCAUCGGGCUCAUCGAUUGAUUGUCCGAUACUACAAUUUUAAGGAAUCGCACCCAGAGAUUCACGAGAAUGUCGAUCCCCUGAAGAUGCGACACAUCGGAGAUGAUGAUGUCAUGACAGUGCCAGGAUAUCGGACUGAGUGUGGACGCAGGAUGAUGAUUUAUAGGAUGGGAAAUUGGGAUCCCAAGAAAUAUGGCGUCGAGGAAAUUUUUAAAGCGACAGUCAUUAUCCUUGAACUUGGGGCCUUGGAGCCACGAGCCCAGAUUUUAGGGGGAUUCGUGAUAUUUGACCUUCGGGAUAUCACGAUGACUCACGCAUGGACUAUGACCCCACAGAUUGCAAAUAUGGUGAUAGCACUGAUGGUAACGUCAUUCCCCAUGAAGACACACGCAAUCCACAUACUCCAUCAAUCAUGGGUGUUCGAUGUAAUAUAUUCAGUUUUCAAACCAUUAUUGAACAAGGAAAUGCAGGAACGUGUUUUCUUCCAUGGAGAUGACAUGUCAAGCCUUCACAAGCACAUAAAACCAACGAGUCUUCCCAAGAUGUACGGAGGUACGAGGGAGGAAUUGCCUUAUUACAAGUGGAUCGAUUCGCUCAGCAAAAAGCCAAAAAUCGUAAAACCCAUGCAUGAAAUCGGCUACAUCCUCACAGACGAGCAGUUGGCGAUGAUAAAAAAUUGGUGAUUCUAUCCGAAAAUUCCAGUAGAUUUUAUUAGUUUUUAAUAUAUCGCAGAUGGAUACUUUAGUGGGCUCAUCAUUGUUUAUAAUUAUUUAUUAAUAGAUAAACACAGUAAUUAGAUUUUUCUAUUUUUCUACUUAAAAUUGGCAGGUUAAUGUGAAUAUUAUAUUUAUGUUCAAUGGAAAUAUUUAAAAUUUAAUAGUGUGGUAAUUAUUUCGUAACGUUUACAAUAUCGAGAAAUAUAAUAAACUGUGGAAA